CAGGGAACAUGGGGCAGCCUUUGUGCCUCCUGCUGGGACCUCUUGGACGCCCACGUUCUCUGUCAUCACCUGGGCUGCGGGUUUGCGGUGUCCAUUCCUGGAGGAGGGCAUUUUGGGAGAGGAAGUGGCCCGGUGUGGAAUGACUGGUUCCACUGUGAGGGGACUGAGAGCAGCCCGGAUCAGUGCCCGGUGAGCGCCCUGGGGGCCUCUGCGUGCUCCCAUGAGAACGAUGCUGCCGUCAUUUGCUCAGGCCCGCCUCACAGCGCAUCUCUAAGGCUGGUGGGUGCAGGGAGCCGGUGCGACGGGCGCGUGGAGAUGUUGCAGCGCGGGACGUGGGGCAGAGUCCUGGAUGAUCAGUGGGACAUGGAGGACGCGAGCGUGGUGUGCCGGCAGCUGCGCUGCGAGGAGGCAGAGGCAGCCUACACUGUGCCGAGGGCCGAGCGAGGGACGGGCCCCGUGGGGCUGCGCGGGGUGCGGUGUGCAGGCCACGAGGCCGGCCUGAGCCUCUGCAACACCUCCCUGCCCGAGGCCGCAGGCAUCGUGGAGGACGUGGGGGCCGUGUGCCGGGGGAGCCGCCAGGUCCGGCUGGUGGACGGGGCUGGGCGAUGUGCAGGGAGAGUGGAGAUCUACUACCGGGGGCAGUGGGGCACGGUCUGCGACGAUGCCCCACAGUGCCUGGGACACGGCCGACGCCAACGUGGUUUGCCGCCAGCUGAGCUGCGGAUGGGCCGUGGAGGCGGCCGGCUCGGCUCGCUUUGGGGAGGGCUCCCCAAAGCCAGAGGGCACAUCUGGCUGGAUGGCGUGAACUGCUCUGGGGCCGAAUCUGCUCUCUGGAACUGCUCUGCUGAGGCCUGGGGACAGCACGACUGCGGGCACAAGGAGGAUGCGGGAGUCAUCUGCUCAG